UUAAAAUAAUUUGAUUUUCUUUAGAUAUAAGUUAACAAGUUACUUUUUUGGUUUAUAGUAUUAAAGUGUAAAUAAAGGAAUAGAAAUCAAUUAAUUUAUAAAAAAAGAAAUGGAUUGCAAAACAGAGUAGAAUGACAAUUUGUCUAAGAUUUUGGCAACAGUUAAAAAUUUUGAUAUCUAAUGCUACCCUAUUCUUAUUAACAUGUUUAAGAGAGGAAAAAUCACAAACACAUUGAAGAAUUUAAACCCUCAAAAGCUCGAGCAGGGAAUUAAAAAUAUUGAUCUCUUCAUUAAUAUUCUCAAAAAAAUAAGUGAGCUUGACUUUAAUAAAAAGAACUUUUUAAAAGUGGAUUAAGAAUAAAUAAGAAAAGAAUUGAUUAUAAAGAUUGGUUAAGAUAGACAGAUCAUUGAAUUUUUGAAAUUCCUCGUACAAAUGACAGCCUUUGAUGAGAAAUUUAUUUAAUGUGGAUCUAAUUCACUCAAUUUUUUAGUAGAAAUGAAAGUGGAUUUGAAGGAAUAAAAUUUUGAGAAUAUCAGGAUUAAAGAUACGUCUUUAGCUGGAGGAAAUUUUGUUAGAUGCAAUUUCAAUGAGUCAGAAUUUGAUAAUGUAGAUAUUAGUGGAAUUAACUUGAAUUAAGCAUAAUUAUUUAAUUGUAAAUGGAAGAAUAUAAAAAUACAUGAGUUAAAUAUAUUAGAUGGCCAUUCAAAUUAAGUUAAUUCAAUUUGUUUCUCUCCUGAUGGUACUUUAUUAGCUUCUGGUAGUUGUGAUAAUUCUAUCCGUUUAUGGGAUGUUUAGACAGGAAAAUAAAAAGUGAAAAUAGAUGGUCACCGCGAUUAUGUAAAUUCAGUAUGUUUCUCUCCUAAUGGUACUACAUUAGCAUCCGGUAGUGAUGAUUAAACUAUUCGUUUAUGGGAUGUUAAGACAGGAAAAUAAAAAGCCAUUUUUAUUGGUCAUUCAGAUUUUGUGUAUUCAGUCAAUUUCUCUCCUGACAGUACUAUAUUAGCAUCUGGUAGUGUAGAUAAAUCUAUCCGUUUAUGGGAUGUUAAGACAGGAUAAUAAAAAGCCAAAUUAGAUGGCCAUUUAGAUUAUGUUAAUUCAGUCAAUUUCUCUUGUGAUGGUACUACAUUAGCAUCUGGUAGUUGGGAUAAUUCUAUCAGGUUAUGGGAUGUUAAGACAGGAAAAUAAAAAGCCAUUUUUAUUGGUCAUUCAGGUUGUGUGUAUUCAGUCAAUUUCUCUCCUGAAAUGAAGAUAAAUCUAUCCGUUUAUGGGAUGUUAAGACAGGAUAAUAAAAAGCCAAAUUAAUUGGUCACUCAGGUUAUGUUAAUUCAGUCAAUUUCUCUCCUGAUGGUUCUACAUUAGCAUCUAGUGAGUUCAGAUAACUCUAUCCGUUUAUGGGAUGUUAAGUCAGGAUAAUAAAAAGCCAAAUUCGAUGGUCAUUUAUCAAGUGUUUUGUCAGUCAAUUUCUCUCCUGAUCAUACUACAUUAGCAUCUGGUAGUGUAGAUAAAUCUAUCCGUUUAUGGGAUGUUAAGACAGGAUAUUAAAAAGCCAAAGUAGAUGGUCAUUUAUCAACUGUUGUGUCAGUCAAUUUCUCUCCUGAUGGUACUACAUUAGCAUCUGGUAGUUCAGAUAAUUCUAUCCGUUUAUGGGAUACCAAGACGGGAUAAUAAAAAGUCAAAUUGGAUGGUCAUUCAGGUUACGUUAAUUCAGUCAAUUUCUCACUUGAUGGUACUAUAUUAGCAUCUGGUAGUUUUGAUAAUUCUAUUCGUUUAUGGGAUGUUAAGACAGGAUAAUAAAAAGCCAAAUUAGAUGGUCAUUCAGAAACUGUUACUUCAGUCAAUUUCUCUCCUGACAGUACUAUAUUAGCAUCUGGUAGUCAUGAUAACUCUAUCUGUAUAUGGGAUGUUAAGACAGGAUAAUAAAAAGCCAAAUUAGAUGGUCAUUCUUAAACAGUUUAUUCAGUCAAUUUCUCUCCUGAUGGUACUUUAUUAGCUUCUGGUAGUUGGGAUAAGUUAAUCCUUUUAUGGGAUGUUAAGACAGGAUAAUAAAAAGUCAAAUUAGAUGGUCAUUCUUAAACAGUUUAUUCAGUCAAUUUCUCUCCUAAUGGUACUUUAUUAGCUUCUGGUAGUGGGGAUAAUUUAACCAUUUUAGUGGGAUGA